GCUCUCCCUCAUUCUGGCUCUGUUGCCAAGGCUACCGUACAGCCUCUUGCUGCAUAUACCUAGACGAAGCUGCCGCCUGUGGAUCUCUCUCUCCUCCAGGAUACAAACAAAAGAAAAGCCCGUCAGACUUUCAUGCCUCCAUCUAUCCUCCUCGCUCAAACGGAGGCUCCUACAUAUGUAGAUCCUGCCUUCUCCUAACCUCACACGCUGUCCUCUGCCUCUCACUGUCGCCUUGCCUGCCUCUUACAUGCAAACACACUCCUUCUCCUUCUUCCCCCAGACAGAGGAGCAGUAAAGGGGAUUGGCGUGGUUCUCGGUGUUUGGCUCCUGGUCUUUUGGCUCAGAGGGAGCCGAGCGGCAGAUGGCGAUGUGAAGACGGGCUCAGCCAGAACUUGACUCUGCCUCGCAAUGGCUGACAGCGACCGGUUGCCACAGGAUACAGGAUUGAUCAUGUGAUCUGACUCCCUCACCAGUUCCCUGCCAUCGCUCAUAGGGGGAUCAUGACCCGCCGGCUGAGUAGCUCCACUCGUUCCCACACCGAGGACUCCAUCUUCCUGAGGCCUGACGAGGACCCCGUCUGGCUGGAUGAGCCCACAAAGACUGACAAAAUGGGCGACCGAGCCCCUAAAAAAGACAGACUCCUAGAAUGUAAAGACGGACUCACAGAGGGCCAAAGGCCACAAGGAGAGGAAGUGUUCAUCCAUAAGGUCUACGCGCUGGUGAUCGAGAUCCACUGCUGGGCCGCACUGUUUAUCAUCUCCCAAGUCACGGGGUACUGGGUGUUUUUUGUGGUGGAAGGAAAUGGACCGCUCUCCUCCAUCUACAAAGCCCUGCAGGUCAUCGACUUCUACCUGGGCUUCAUCUUACCCUGCCAGCCGAUUUUUGGAAUGGACUCCAUGGUGUUGAUGAGGGAGGUGGUAAACACCAAACAGCACAACUGGAUUGUCCACAGCACUGCAGGCAUCGGUGUGGCCAUCUGUGUUGUCAUGGUCAUCCACAUGGUGUGUAAGUGGCGUUACGGCUCUGGCUUGUGGUCGUCAGGAACAGUGUCGAGGGAAGUUGGCGAUCGCCGUCAGUCCGUGAGCCGCCAGCCCUCCUUCACCCUGUCGGAGUGGACGGACGCCCAGGAGGAUCUUCUGGACCUGGACCCUGUUCCCCAGACCCCCGUUUUUGACAUGGGCACCGACACCAGGACGGAGGGAGACGCUGCCACCCUCACCGUCACUCCAGUGGGGCUUCAGGAGAGGAGAGGCUCCAACGUUUCUCUGACCUUGGACAUGUGCACACCAGGCUGCACGGAGCCCUAUGGCUACGGAGCCCAGCUCUCUCCCAGAGACCAGUCGGCCCAGGAGUAUCUCCGACAGGGAACACAUGUCCUGACCCCGGCCAUGCUCCACACCAGAGCCAUGGAUGACCAGAGCCUGCAGGCCGAGUUCUAUGAAACUCCCAUGAACUUUGUGGACCCCAAGGAGUACAAUUACCCCGGGCUGGUGAGAAAGAACCGCUACAAAACCAUUCUACCCAAUACACACAGCCGGGUCGUCUUGCAGUCGCAGGAUGAAGAUGAUUUUCUUACUACCUAUAUCAACGCUAAUUAUCUCAAAGGUUAUGACGAUGAGGAGCGAGCAUACAUCGCCACCCAGGGACCCACUGUCAACACGGUGGGGGACUUCUGGAGGAUGGUGUGGCAGGAGAGAUGCCCGAUCAUUGUGAUGAUCACCAACCUGGAGGAGAAGAACGAGAAAUGUGCUGAGUACUGGCCAGAGGACACUGUGACCCACGAGGGCAUCGAGAUCACUGUCGUCACAGUAACCCAGGAGGAUGAUUAUAGUCUGAGGGUGUUUACUCUGAAGUGUGGGGAGGAGGAGCGCAGUCUGCGGCAGUACUGGUACACCUCCUGGCCUGAUCAGAAGACUCCAGACAAGGCCCCACCUCUGCUGGAGCUCGUACAGGAAGUGGAAAGGGCCCGAGAGGAAGCCCCGCCCUCCAGUGGUCCUACAAUUGUCCACUGCAGCGCUGGAAUCGGUCGAACCGGCUGCUUCAUUGCCACCUCCAUCCUGUGCAAGCAGCUGAGGACUGAGGGUGUGGUUGACAUCCUGAGAACCACCUGCCAGCUCCGCCUGGACAGGGGUGGGAUGAUCCAGACAUGUGAGCAGUACCAGUUUGUGCAUCACGUCCUCAGCCUGUAUGAGAAGCAGCUGUCUCACACCGCUGAGGAGUAGAGUGAGCGCGACGCCCAGACCGAGACACACCACUGUACACUGUACCGCCUCUGUUGGUAUGCACCACUGUACCUAGCAUCAUCUCAGUCUCACCCUUUAACAAGCUCAAAACCACGUUCAUCUCCUCAUCCAAGGCAGGCUCGCUCAGACAGGACUGAUACGGGGUGACAUGAAAUCUGUGUUAUCGUACGUCUUUGGGAUUUUAAGAUAGCCCUCCCCAACUUCCUAAUCGCACUCUCUAUUUAUCCACACGUUCCUGGAGAGCUGCAGCACUCAGGCCUGAAACUAUCCAGGCGUCAUUUCAUUUGCACCGCUGGACAGAAGUUCUCAGUCAUCAAGGCCUUGUUGUGCACUUGGCCUCAAAUAGCUCCCUCACAUACUGAUUGUACAGUUAUCGAGAGAUCAAACCGGAGCUGAAGUAUGAUCAGAUCGCCUGCGGUGGUGUCAGUUUGCUGUAAGGAAAUUAAAGUUCAGUCUAACUAAAGUUAGUGUUGAUACUAAGGGCCCUUUACAGUAUAAGUGCCAGCAUAAUUUAAAUCUACAGAGAUAAUCAAAUGCCAGCCUAAUAUUUAACACUAUAUUGAUAUAAAAGUUCACAUAAAAGUAUAAGUUAACUAGCAUCUAGCCUUUUUCUCACUGACUCUCACUUUUAAUGUAAAAAAAAUCAUUACAAAAGGCCUGUUUGGACUUUGAUGCAUUCAGGAGUCACCUCAUCUUCAGGUUGCAUGGUGCUAAGUGUUCAUUAAAGGCAUGUGCAAUGUUAUGGAACAUAGGAAUGUAUAACAAUUAGGUUAUUAAUUAACUAAUUAGGAUUUCUGUGCAAUCUACAGUAUUACAGUUUUACCAUGCUGCCUGUGCAGUCCUCAUGGCCCAUGAUGUUUACAGUCAACAACUUCUGCAUUAAGGCCACAUAGAUGUUCACUCAGAGGCGUCACAGAGCCAGCGGUGCUGAGGGCACAGAGGCCAGAAAUAGAAGCACGCCAUCAGAAAAAUCAAUGCGGCGCUCUGGAGAAUCUGACGAGCACACAAUCAACGUUUCCAAUGACACACACUGGAGGGUGUGUGGCAGAGAACAAGUUGCAUAAACAACUGCGCCAUAAAUCAAAAGCUAAUAUCCUGGUGCAUGUUGAUGAAGCUCCUCAGAGUUCCUUGCUCUGCGACGCCUGUGUUCUCAACAGUAGCUUGAACACAUCUGUGAAGUAAGAAGCCCAUGAUUGUUGUAUAGACAGGCCAGGCCUAAUCUGUAUGAAGCACAAAUAGACCAACCAAGGUUGUCUCUCUGAUGUUCAGCUGUAAAAGUUCUUUUUUCCGUAUUGUGUUUUGAUUGUGUUGAGUUUAAUGGAUUGCAUGUGCUGUAUGGGACUCCAUAGGUCCACAAUCAAAGCGACGUGAUUGGUUGUCCUGCUUUUUGUUGUGUAAAAGGGUUUAAGCCUAUUAUAUUGCUUGCUCUCGGCCAAUGCUUUUGAUACAGUUUGCUUUUGUGAAACCAACCAGAGAUAUUUUUAGAACAUUUUGAUACAAUCCUUUCGAGUAGAUGCCUUGUGUAUAUUUCCGUUUACACCAUGAUGGAAUGUAGCUCAUACUGUGGAUCAAACCAUCGGUUUAUAUUGCAAGAUUUAACGGAACAAAAUGUGACAACUACCUAAGUUACCUUACAGUACAGAAAAUAAAUAGAUUAUGUUCAGUCUUCAGUAUUAUUACUUUAGGCCUUUAGGCUUUGCUUUAAUAUGCUUUGCUUUCUGUGUAUGUUUUUAUCGUUUUUCUUGGAGAAUUUUACCUCAGACUGAGUUUUUACGCAGUCCCCACUCUAUUCCAUCUGUGACCCUCGGCCACUCUCAGUUGACAACAUGAGAAAUAAUUGCUAUAUGUAAGGCAGCUAAAACAGUGAAGACAGUUUUAUAUGUAACAAGAAUCAAGCAACUUCUUCGGCCAUGAACAUUAUCAGAGGAUAAAUUUAACUGCGUGGGCUCGGACCAAUUUCUAACCAACAAAUCAAAUAUAGAAAGUAAAACUGCCAAAAUUACCUUUUACAGGAAACCAGGGCUGAAGAUUGACAAGAAAAAGCUACAAUCUAUUGUCAGACUCCUGACAUAAUCCUCUGAUAAUGUCCAGUGUACUUGACUGAACAGCUUUUAUUUUGAGUGCUUGUUGUCAGUGCUUACCUGGUCCUCUUCUGAUGAUCAAAACGGGGAAACAGCCAAACAGUCAGACAUACAACCAACCAGCAAUCAGUAUUCCUCUCCUCUGCUACAGUAUCGCUUUAAGUUGUGAGUUUUUGCAUCCAAAUAAAGGUAGAUUUUCAUGA